UGAACUUGAAAUAAAACUAAAAGAAGGAAAAUUGGAAUAAAAUUAUUGCUCAACCCUAACCUGUUACACAUACUACCUAUGUUCCUGUAUCCUUCAUCUUGGUUCACAUACUACGGGAGUACCGUUGUUUGAAUAUUCCAGUUUUUGCUGCUUAUGUGCAUGUUGAAAUUAACAUUUUUGGAAUAUUGUAAAUUUUGUGAAAUGAUGAAACUAUUCUGCUGUUCUAGAUGUAAAAUAAAAUUAUGAUACUAGCAUGGGUAAAGGGCAUAGGUCAUAUAAUUUGACCAUAACUGUAAUUGUGUUUUUCGUGCUAUGCUGUUUUCUGCUAGGGGGAGUAGAGAGCAAUCGUGUCGUGAAGAAUAACGCACCUGGACUCAAUGGAGAAAUUACACAACACAUAUUGCGCAAGAAUACAGUGGGAGAUGAAAAUAAAAAGAAACAAACAAAAGGGAAGAAGGUCCAGCCCAACAGCAAAUCUUCCAACCUAUCGAGAGAAGCAAGAAUACGAGCGAUGGGACCAAACGGAUUAACUGUGAUUAAAAAGAAUACUGAGAGUAAAAUAAGAAUGUUCCAGGGAAAGUUGAACCGCAGUAAAGAUAUAACAGAAACGGAAAAAGAAUUCAAGUUUCAUUUGUUGGAAUUAUUCAUUGAGGAAUUAACAGAAAGUGAGAGAGACAUGUUGGAAGCUCAAGAAGCAUUGAAAAACUCUCUCUUGACUGAUUUCCGUGAUCCUGCAGUUCUAAUGCAAAACAGUAAAAUUAGACUCGAUGCUCUGAGAAUUGCAACAUUGAAGGAAGAACAAAGUUAUAACAGAAUUAAGCAUGUUGAAGAAGCAAUGAAGCUUUACACUGAACAUAGCAAUGACUCCAAGUCAAUGAUGGAUGAGUUUUUGAAAGAAAUCGCCGAUGCAGCAGAUCAGCUUGAAUUGGAUAUUGAAGAUGUGAUUUUGCCGAUGGAGAAUGCUGUGGUAGAUGGAGCACACAUUGAAGCAGUAAUUCACAUGAAAGAGGGAGAAGAACACAUACAGGACGCACACAAUAAUUCUGAUAUUGAUUCCGAGGUAGAAUAUGAUGAACGUUUGGACAUGCUGGUGGACUCACAGAAUAACAAAUUUAUACUAACAAGGCCUAAAGACAUGACGUCACCGAACAUUGAUCAUUAUCUCAUUCUUGACAUUAUAAUGAUUUAUAUUGCGUCAUUCCCGUUUGGUUAUAUUUGUCAAUUCUUUGGUGUGCCUUCGAUAUUUGGAUACAUUAUGGCUGGACUGACACUGGGACCUUCUGGGUUAAACUGGAUUCAAGCUUUGGUUCAAGUUGAAUCCUUUGGGGAAUUUGGAGUUUUCAUGAUCAUGUUCUUUGCUGGCCUUGAAUUUUCUUUGGAAAAAGUCAAGAAAGUCUGGAAGGUUUCUGUGCAAGCUUCUGUGCUAAUCAAUGUGAUAAUGAUAAUAUGUGGUCUGAUCAUCGGUUCUCUACUGAACUACAAUAUUCCUAAAGGAGAAAGUGCAUUUAUUGCUGUUUGUAUGUCAAUGUCCAGCACUCCUCUUGUUGUCAGAUUCCUACAGGAUUCCUCAGCCCAUGAAGCAGUUGAUUAUUCGUCCAUGCCUAUUAGCUAUGUUGGCUUUGCACCUACGUCAAGUCCUGGCGUCACCAAUGCAAUUAUGUACACCACUGUGACAUUGCUUCGUACGAUUGGUUCUCUUGCACUUGUUAUUUUUAUAUUGAUUUUACUGACGAAAUAUUUUGUACCGAAGUUUUUAAAUUUUGUUUCAAAUCAAACAAAGGAAAUUCAACUCUUAGGAGCUCUGAUGUUUAUGUUCCUUUUUCAACUUUCAACAAAUCAAAUUGGGAUUUCCACAGAGCUUGGAUGUUUUCUUGCAGGAUUUCUCAUCAGCAUUUCAAACUAUCAUUCGGUGUUUGAGAAGAUCAUGUCACCAAUCCACGAUUUGUUCGUCAUUUUAUUCUUUGCCACUGUCGGUUUUCAUGUUUUCCCGAAAUUUGUCGUUGUGGAAAUAACGUACUUGGUGUGGCUGACUGCUGCUGUGAUUGGGGGCAAAUACCUGAUCGCUUUGCUUGUUUUACAUUUCACACUUCCGCGCAAACAACGCCAAAUGAAAUGGUUGAUAGCUGGAGGCCUGGCACAAGUUUCGGAAUUUGCAUUUGUCCUCGAGCGAGCUAGGCACUUGAAGAUUGUAACUAGGGAGGUAUUUCUUCUGAUUCUGAGCACCACAACAUUGAGUUUAAUCUUCGCUCCUGUGAUGUGGAAACUAUCCCUGCGGAAGUUUCAGAAAACGAUGCAUAUUACAUAGAGUUCUAAAAAAUUUUGCUGUCACCGCAGGAAAUCUCGCUUCAGGAAAUUUCUCAGCAAAGGGGAAAUUGCCUUUAGUUAAAAAAGAUUCGUUAUUUAAUAAGAGCAUACCUUAACCCUAUAAAUCUAACUGUUUUUUAUUACAAAUACUUGUUCGACAGCAAAAUGCUAAUGAGAUUUUUCUUCUAUGACGUGAUUUCGUCCGGUGAGAUUUAGUGUGUAGAUUUCCUACGGUGAAAUUUCCUGCGGCACAUAUUCCAGACACGAUUACAUAGUGUCAUUGUGGCUUGAUACUGGAUCAACUGUUAUGAGAAUAUUGCAAUAUCGUAUUUUCAUUGGUGAGAUUCAGUCUGCACAACCCCAGUCAAUAGUCUGUAUUUUAUUACUUAUCGAUUUUAAUCGGUAAGUAUGUUGAUAGGUAUUUGUCUGUCUGUAUGUCUGUUAGAUGCACGCGAUAUCUCACGAAAGCGAGAUUGAAUCUGCUUCAGAUUUUGCAUG